CUAUAGAGCAGCACCCUCCCCUCAAACGAGUCAAACUCGAGUCCCUCUGCCUCUUCCCCCUCAACAAGACAAAAAGUUCUCCCCUCUCUUCUUCAAUAAUCACCUAAGGCAGGAAACCAAUAGGAUUUGGUUGGGCAACUACUUGAGAAGGGAUCCGGCUUCGCAUAGAUGCUGUUAGUCUCCUCCUCGACUCGCUUCCUGUAAGCGAAAUUUCCAAUCUUUUCUGCUAAAACUAUUCCCAGUUCACACUCGCUUGAUUGAGUUCAAAGUGUGAUACUUUUUCUUCUUUACCUUUUGAGGAGGGAACGAUAUCUCGUCGUUGUUUCAAGAACCCUUUCAUGGGUUUCGUUUACCUUUCCGAGUUACGGCUCUUGAAUUAUCAAAAUCUCAGGCUCAGUUUGGCUAACAUCAGCUCUAGCUAAGCCCACUCCACGUGCAGCGCCACUCUUCUUCUUUGUAUUCUCCUCGUGAAAGGAUCAUCUGGGUCUCUCCGCUGGUUCUAGGGUUACAGAGUCAGAGUCAUAGAGAGAGAGAAAUGGCAAAUCAAGGUGCGAAGAAGCGAAAGGAAGAGAAUGCUCGGCACAUGGCGAACCUGCGCCGCCUCAUCAUCGCCUGCAAUGUCAUAUAUGUGUUAGUGAGGAUGGUGAUCUUCCAUUCGAGUUUCACCUGGAAGCAUUGGGUUGGUCUGGUUUUCACAUCCGCGGCUUAUGCAAUUCCCUAUAUACAACUUGCCAAAAUGGCUCAACCGGAUUAUGCUGAUGAUGGGGACCUUCUGGAUGGUGGGUUUGAUAUGAGUACUGGUGGAGUUUGUGGCUAUUUACAUGAUGUAAUUUACAUUACGGGCUUCGUGCAAGUCAUGUCCAUCAUCUCUGGAAAAUUUUGGUACACAUACCUGCUGAUACCGGCAUUUGGAGCAUAUAAAUCUUUUGGUUUCAUUAGAGGAUUUUUGCCACAAGGUUCAGAGGGAGACACGGAGGAUGAAAAGACUCGUAAGAAGAGGGAAAAGUUGGAGAAGAAGGCUUCUAGGCCCAAGUUUGUCAGGACAAGAACUAGGUAGCUACUACAUGUUGACAUGAGUAAAACUAGUUAUUGGGUAAAAUGAGUGCCCUAUAACUUCACCAAGUCUGCUCUUCCUAGCAAGACAAAGGCUGCGUUAAAAUUUUAUACUCACCAAGUAGAAGUUGCACUAUCUGGUCCUAAUUUGAAUUAUAUUUGUGUGUAGUGGGAGAAACAAAAAAAAAAAAUGAGUAAUUUUAUAUGUGCAACUCUUUUACAACUUUUGACGUGUUAGCGUGUGUGAUUUGAGCCACGUGACCCACCAAAAAAAGAAAAUUUUAACACUCUUCGAUCACAUGUUGACGUGUUUAAAAAAGUUGUAAAAGAGUUGUGUUUAGCACCUUUUCAAAGUAUUAUGUCGUUGCGGUCAUCUUCACGCUCAAUUUUUCCUAAUACAUUAGCCCUCUAUGUGUUGAAUGUAGUAAAAAUUGUGAAUGUUGCAUGAAAA